AUGAAAGGUACUAAGGAAAGUGGUGAUGCGGGUCAAUGUGGAAGAUGGGAUGUACCGGAUGGUAUCCCUCUUCCACCUUCUCCGAUCUCUAAUAUGCGCCUAGAUAAUAUUAUGCAUAACACUUACUUCGGUAGCAUAAGAUAUUUUAACGAAUUGGUGCAAGAAAUGUAUAAAUUGGAUGUUCUUCAGUCAAAUCAUCCCGACAAGCUUCAAAAUGCCUACUCGUUGCUUAUCAAUGAAAUUGAUCGCGUCUGGACCGCUAUCUAUAUGCAUGCAAUGCGUAACGAUCAUAUGCAUCAUCUUCACGAUAUAGAAGGAUCUCUUGUUACGAUCCAGGAGAAGGUUAUUAUUCCACAACGUCCAAAUUGCAAAUUGAUCGGACGCAUUCUUGGACCACGAGGAAUUUCGGUGAAACAACUUGAGGCCCAGACCGAUUGUCGCAUCCUUAUCCGUGGAAGGGGUUCCGUUAAAGAUGCCCGUCGUGAAGCCCGUCUUCGUAAUCGUAUUGGUUGGGAGCAUCUCUCGGAACCCUUGCAUGUGCUCAUCAUCGCUACUGAUGUGUCGCAUGGUCGCUGUGUUCAAAAAUUAUCAUUCGGUAUACACAGUGUCAAAGCGCUGCUCAGUAGCAACGAUGACGAGCACAAGCGUCGCCAACUUGUCCAACUUGCGAUCAUUAAUGGCACAUAUCGUCCGACGAUUUCGUAG